GGCGGGCGGCAACGAGCGCGCCUGCUUGACUGGCUGCUGCGCGCGAUGAACAUCUGACUUUCAGCACAGUUCGGAGAAGCUGAUGUCACUCUAGACGGAAGGAAUUUUCACCGAGUGAAUUCAUCUAAUCGUUGAGUGAAAGUGAAGAGGCUCUUAAACAAAGUAACUAACCCAUUGUGGCUUUAAAAAUGAUGCGUGGCAUUUUUACGGUUUGGCAUCGGUGGAUUUUUGGAUUGUCAAUAGCACAAAUGUUAUUUGUCUCAGUGACUGAGUGUGAGGGAAAUACUCUAAAAUACCAGACCAACGAGGAGGGAAAUCCCGGAACAGUGAUCGGAAAUCUGGCCAAGGACAUGUCCUUGAGUCCCUCUUUUAGCUCCAAGACUAAUUUCAGAAUGAUGAAACAAUUCAACAAUUCUUUUAUCAGGGUGAGAGAAAGCGACGGGGAGCUUAUUGUCGGGGAGAGAAUUGACCGAGAGAGAAUCUGCAGGCACACUUUACAGUGUCUAAUCACUUUUGAUGUUGUCAGUUUUUCAAAGGAGAAGUACAAAUUGAUCCAUGUCGAAGUGGAGGUAAAGGACAUUAAUGAUAACUCCCCGGAGUUUCCAAACAAGGAAUCUACAGUAGAGAUCUCUGAAAAUGCCGAUGUUGGGUUUCGUGUUCCUUUGGACCCAGCCGAGGACGCAGACGUCGGAUCAAACUACAUUCAAAACUAUCAGAUUUCUGUCAACGGUCAUUUUUCUAUUGAUGUGCUUUUGAGAGCGGAUGGGGUUAAAUAUGCGGAGUUGGUGCUAAUGAAAGAGCUCGACAGGGAGACUCAGGCAUCCUAUCUGGUUGAGCUCAUUGCCAUAGAUGGAGGAAACCCAUUUCGGUCGGGUUCUACGAAAAUAACAAUAAAAGUUACAGACUUUAACGACAAUCGCCCUGUUUUUGACCAGAAUAAUUUCUCAGUCACUUUGCCCGAAGAUGCACCGGUUGGAUUCGUUUUAUUGGACCUAAAUGCAGUUGAUCCGGAUGAGGGAUUAAAUGGAGAGGUGGUCUAUGGUUUUGGAAAACAGGUUUCUGCAGAGAUCCGAGAACUUUUCGAAGUGGACAGUAAAACCGGGCGCAUUACGCUCAAGAACCAAGUGGAUUUUGAGACAAAAAAAACAUACGAGUUAGACGUGCAGGCGUCUGAUCUGGGAGCUAACCCUACCCCCGCCGUAUGUAAAAUAAUAAUUCAGGUCAAAGACGUUAAUGACAAUGCCCCAGAAAUCAGUAUAACGCCAAUGACCUCCAUCUCAACGGGCAUCGCAUAUAUCAGCGAGACAGCUGACAAGGACAGCCUAGUGGCGCUGAUCAGCACCUCGGACAGAGACUCGGGCGUCAACAGCCAGGUUCGGUGUACCUUAUACGGUCACGACCAUUUCAAACUCCAGCAGGCUUACGAGGACAGUUACAUGAUCGUCACCGCGGCUGCCCUGGACCGGGAAAAGAUAAGCGAGUACAAUUUAACCGUGAUGGCCGAAGAUUUCGGGUCACCUCCGUUGAGAAAAAUCACACAAUACACCAUCCGGCUAAGCGACGAAAAUGACAACGCCCCGCACUUCACUAAGCCCGUCUACGAAGUUUCCGUAGUUGAAAACAAUGCACCGGGGGCCUAUAUAACCACAGUUGAGGCCAGAGAUGAAGACUUGGGGACUAAUGGCAAAAUCACAUACAAACUCUUAGACAGUAUUUUAAUGGGCUCUCCCGUCAACACCUUUGUAUCUCUUAACGCAAUCUCAGGGUCAAUAUAUGCCCUGAGAAGUUUCAACUACGAGGUCAUGAAACAGCUCGAGCUGCGCGUGCAGGCUAGCGACGGGGGUUCGCCCCAGCUCCAGGGCACCGCCGUCAUUAACCUGAACAUCGUGGACCAGAACGACAACGCUCCGUCCAUUGUGGAGCCCGUCCUCAACAAGGGUUCCGCUGAGGUCUUCCUGCCCAGGGACGCACCGGCAGGCUAUGUCGUGACCCAGAUAAGGGCCACCGACGCCGACGAAGGCGCAAACGCGCAGCUGUCCUACAAAAUCACAGAGUGGGGGCACCUGGGUUUCUCCAUCAACAAGGUCACCGGGACGCUACGCGUGAGCCGUCAGCUGACCUACGACCUGUCGGACACCCUGCGGGUCGUCGUGGCCGUCAGUGACAACGGGACGCCCUCGCUGACCUCCACGGCCACGGUGCACUUCAACCUGAUCGAGGGCACGCCCCCCAGCGUGCCCGCCGUGGUCCAGAACUACAGCGAGGAGGCCUUUGAAUGGGACAUGUCCAUUGCGAUCAUCAUCGUCUUGGCCGGGAGCUGCUCACUCCUCCUUCUGGCCAUAAUCCUGAUCACCACCUCCUGCAGCCGGCGCAAGCGGGAGAAAGGAGAGGCGGCGUGCGGCGAGAGAGACGACGCACCGCGCGUGGAGAGUGGAGGCGGCGGCCAUAUUGAUCCGUUGAUCGCCAACCACAAAAGCAACGUGUUCGACGUGCAUCCUUUUCCCGAGAAAGCCCCACUGGCCCCUGGCAAUGCAGUGAAAAUGCCCCCCCCAGACUGCAGGGGGGCAGAGAAAGAGUGUGUCUUUCAAAACCGGAUAAUGGAGGCGAAAUUGGAGGGUUACUCAACAUUGCCUGGCUACAGGAAAGACACCCUUCGGCCCAUAACCAUACGGAAGGGCAACUCAUUCACCACCAUCUCGGCUCGCGACCCCCAGUUCAGCGGGAAGGACAGUGGCAAAGGGGACAGCGACUUCAACGACAGUGACUCCGACGUCAGCGGGGACGGCCACAAAAAAGAGUCCCCGCCGUUAAACAGUCUCUGGGCCUGCACCAGUGAGUGUAAGGUCCUGGGCCAUUCGGACCGAUGCUGGAGUCCCUCGGCCACCAGACCCAACACCAGCCUCUCCAACGGGGCCCACCUCACGACGUUCUCCAAAACCGCCUCCCUGCCACGAAACACCCUUCAGAGGGACGCCUACUACCAACAGGCCCACCUGCCCAAAACCAACGGUCUGCAGAGCGUCUAUGAGAAAGUCCAGCACCAGGAAUUUGAUUAUAUUCUGGUUUGUCCACCAACACCAGCAAGGAUACUAGAGACGGAUGAGGUAUCCCUUCCGGAGUAUGGACACUCCUAAUCAAUCUAGAUCAAAGAACUAUAAUCAUCCAAAAUCACCUAAUGAGAAUUAUGCAUAUUUACAUAUUGUAUAGCCUCUUGUUUCAAUGUAAGUGUUGCGGUCGGUGUUUUCUCUGUGAUCGUCUUCAGUCUCCUUAUAUACUGUAAGACUGUUUAUUUAUAUGUGUAAUAUGCAACAUUUUGUACAUUAAGAAUAUAUUUUUCAUAAUGAUUCAGUGUAAACAACAAUUUUAUUAUGAACUUUGAAGAGCAUGUUUGAACUUUUAAUAUUUCAGGGGCAUGUCCAUGUGACCUUCAGUUUGAAAGGGCCCUUUGUCAAGUGAGAAACAAUCAAUAUCAAAUAUGACCAUGUUUUUAGUAGAUUUUGUCACUACAUUGCACAAAUAAAA